GCCCUGUCAUUCAGCUCAGGUGAAGGAGUCCACGCAGACUUCCAGACCCUAAUCGCUGACAUCAACUCACCAUCUGCAUCCUACAUCCUGAAAACAGCCAACCGUCUUUAUGGAGAGAAUACGGCCAACUUCCUCACACAAUUCCUUGCAGCCACACAGAAGCACUACCAGGCCGACCUGAAGGCGGUCGACUUCAUCGGUUCUCCAGAGGCGUGCAGAGGGGAGAUCAACAGCUGGGUCGAGCAGCAGACAGAAAAUAAGAUUAAAGAUCUUCUGAAGCCGGGAACAGUCAGCACAAUGACACGACUGGCUCUGGUCAACGCUAUCUACUUCAAAGGAAACUGGAUGAAUCGCUUUGAUGAAGCAAACACCAAAGAGAUGCCCUUUAAAGUCAACCAGGUGAAAACUAAGCGCACAUUUAAAUACAGAAAACAUU